GCUUCCCAGAGGGACCCAAGCGUGCUUUCUGUAACGCCUGCCGUUAUUCCUUCUACCCGGAGGCUGGCCUCUUGGGACUGUCCUUUGUCAGAAAAGAUGAAUGAGACAUAGUAGUUGUAGCGUGAAGGAUUGCAGGUUGCGUGGUAAGGGAUGAACCCCCAAAGUGCUUGUAGAGAACAGCCCUGGGCCUAUGUCCUGGCUGCGGUGCAGGAUGAAAGACUCCGGCUGAUAGAUCGCUACGGAUAAAAACCAAAGAAAGCUGUCCUGAGAUCAUCCUCGGGUGCAGGGUUACAUGGAUGCCCAGAGAUGAAGCUGCAAGGAAUUUCGAAAGGAAAUUUCAGUCUGAGCAGGCAGCUGGCUCUGUGUCCAAGAGCACGCAGUUUGAAUACGCCUGGUGCCUGGUUCGAAGCAAAUACAAUGACGACAUCCGUAGAGGCAUCGUGCUGCUGGAGGAGCUGUUGCCCAAAGGUAGCAAAGAGGAGCAGCGGGAUUAUGUCUUCUACCUGGCCGUGGGCAACUACCGGCUCAAGGAAUAUGAAAAGGCUCUGAAGUAUGUGCGGGGACUGUUACAGACUGAGCCCCAGAACAACCAGGCCAAGGAGCUGGAACGCCUGAUUGACAAGGCCAUGAAGAAAGGUGACAGGCCUCUUGCCAUCUGCUCUUCCUCCUCCCUCAGGCCCGGGGCCCUUGGGCACACUGCCCACAUCCCCCUACACACACACAGUCCUUUAUCAAACCUACCUUCCAAGGGUCUCUGGAGCCCUGGAGCCCCAACCCUCAGACUCUACAUCAGGUCCCCCUCUUCUGUGGAGGGGAGUGUGGUCAGGGCUGGGGAUGGAACUGAUCCGCUCACGUCUCCCUCUUUGCUUUUCCAGAUGGACUGGUAGGCAUGGCCAUUGUUGGUGGCAUGGCCCUGGGUGUGGCGGGCCUGGCUGGACUCAUUGGACUGGCUGUGUCCAAGUCCAAAUCCUGAAGGCAGCCUCACCUGCUCUCUGCCCCCGGACGCCUAGGAGCCUGAGGGACACUGGAAGAGGGGCUGUCCAUCCUCACCACCACCUUCCUUUUCUCCUGCAACCCUAGCGUGCACCCCACAGUCUCCAUGGCCCCCAGCCUCCCAUCCCCUGGUACCUGUCCUUUAACCCUCAGUCGUGCUUUGCAAUGAGUGUAAAUAAAGUUGGGCUGUGGCUUGGGAAA